GGGCGUCCGCUCCUGCCCUUCGCGCACUCCGCCAACGGAGCUGCUUUGUAGCCGGCAGGCGUCGGGGAUCCUGUUUGCUUCGGUGUCGGUGAUGUAAAUUCAUGAAUUAAAAUUAAGGAUUUGAGGAGAUCGGAGAAAAACGCACUUGGCUUUCGGUUGCUUUUGAAAAGAACAGAACCAAAGAGGAAACGAUGCGUUCGCAGGAGCAUUAACUGACUACUGACUGGAACCCUGGAUGCGGGUGCAUUCCGAGGAUUUGUACUCCAAAAACUUUUUUUUUUAAUUGCACGUUGGUAAAUACUGAGUGUUUUCGAGUAACAUCUUACAGUAUGUAUUUAGUGUCCUCAUUGCGGAAAUUUCUUAAAUGUUCUUCAGAAGACGAUGAGGUCAUUCAACCAGGUUUCAUCAGCCCCAGGCGGGGCAAGCAAAGGUGGUGGCGAAGAGCCCGGGAAGCUGGCGGAGCAGGCAGAGGAGGAAUCCCAGGUUUUGCACGGAACUGGCCACUGUAAGUGGUUCAAUGUGCGAAUGGGAUUUGGAUUCAUCUCCAUGAUAAGCCGAGAGGGAAGACCCUUGGAUAUUCCAGUCGAUGUAUUUGUACACCAAAGCAAAUUAUUCAUGGAAGGAUUUAGAAGCCUAAAAGAAGGAGAACCGGUGGAAUUCACAUUUAAAAAAUCUUCCAAAGGCCUUGAAUCAAUACGGGUAACAGGACCUGGUGGGAGCCCCUGUUUAGGAAGUGAAAGAAGACCCAAAGGGAAGACACUACAGAAAAGAAAACCAAAGGGAGAUAGUCAACGUCUUCAGCAUUUGUCUACUUAUGAACCAUGUCAAGUAAAUUUCCAGCAAAAACUUGAUAACAGAUGCUACAACUGUGGUGGCCUUGAUCAUCAUGCUAAGGAAUGUAGUCUACCUCCACAGCCAAAGAAGUGCCAUUACUGUCAGAGCAUCACGCACAUGGUGGCCAACUGCCCACAUAAAACUGUCGCACAGCCACCCGCCAGUUCUCAGGGAAGACAGGAAGCCGAAUCCCAGCCAUGCACUUCGACUUUCCCUCGAGAGGUGGGGGGAGGGCAUGGCUGUACAUCACCACCCUUUCCUCCGGAGGCUAGGUCCGAGAUCUCAGAAUGGCCAGGCAGGUCACCUCCAGAAGCUUCCUCCAUGAAGUCGUCUGCAGGUGCAGAAGAACAAAGCAAAAAGGGGCCUUCCGUUCAAAAAAGGAAAAAGACAUAACCCUUCUUCUUAGCGUAUCGUGUUCUCUCCCCAGUUGGGAAGUCUACCUCAUGCAAGUACAGGGGGACAGUAUUUCACAAGCAGCAGCUGACCUGGCAUUUUAACUACUGUUGAGGAACUGUGAAUUUUUUUAAACAGACAAAUCACUCUAAGCAAAUUACACUCGAGCAGGGUGUCUGUUUUAUGUCACCCAGAGAAGGAGGGACAGUGUUGAUCUAUAUGUGCGUGUGUGAGAGGGGGAGAGCCCGAGCCUGUGUGUGUGUAGGAGGAUUUGAUAUAGGAGUGUAGACAUAUAUAUAAAGAGGGCUUGUCUUUAUAUAUGUGUAUCUAGAGAUACAAGCACACACCCUCUCUCACAGAAUUGGACAUCCCCAAGCAUUGAAAACCCAUGUGAAGCAUUUUAGAUGGUUUUGAAAAUCACCCCUGGAGUUUUCCUUGAAAUACCACUCCCUUUAUAUUACACAAAAAUAAAGACAUGAUGUUACCUUUUGUGUGAACCAAAGGAUACUUCAGAUCUCAGAGCUGCCAAUCAUAUGGUACUAAAUGUUCUUAGACAUCAGUUCUCCCAAACUUGGGAUUGCCUCUUUUUCUUGAUAUCUGUAGAGCUUGUCCCCCAUCCCCCAAACCUUGAAGGCAGUUCCUUAACUCCAUAUGCCUCUGACUGCCAUAGCUUUUUUUGAAACUGGGAUACAUAACUCCAGAAAAGACAAUGAAUGUGUAAUUUCUGUGCCGAUAUUUCAAUGUUUUUAAUUCAUAUGUUUUGAUUGUAAAUUAGAUGCCUAUUAAGAGAAAUGAAGGGGAGGGCAAUGUAUAAAUGUAGUGACUUGAUUGUUUUCAGUGGUAUUUUGAUACCAGCUCAUUGUAAUCUUUUACACAUUGUGAGGUUUUUAAGGGAUUGUGGCGACAGCAGCCUCCCUUGACCGCGUCAGUCUUUGGAACCAUCACCUUGAGCAGGGGGCCCUCCUUGUUGACUACUGAGACCUUGGAGGAAAACUCCAAUCAUUUGGUAUAUAUCUUUGGGGCUGUUUUUAUUCCCCCUGGGGAGUUAUCUGUUUCUAAAACAAAUAAACAAAACAGCACAGAUAUGAAUAAAAUGCCAGGGUUGAGAAUGAAAAUUAAGUGGAUGCUCACGAUUGCCCAAUACAUAUGACCUUGAGUAAUAUUAAAAAGUGCAGUGUUUGGUGGCAGGCGACUAGAGUGAUGGAUCUGGGGCAGAGGUACCAAAACCUCUCCCACCAGAAAGCUAGAAGUAUUCUAUACGAGAAAAUUGAUCUUAUGGAAGUUCCGUCUAUUACACAAGCUGGAGUAACGUAUAUGGUGGAUGCAGGAUGAACCUUCAGUGCUGAGGAUAGAGACGCUUGUCAGGUUGGUCCUCAGUUAUAGUAAUCACCUGGCAGGGACCAAUCAUUACAUUGGUCUCUUUAGGUUUCAGUAAUGGAAAAAGAUGAUUUUGGUGUCAUCCUGGUUCUAGAUGUUAUGAGUAAAUUUCUGAAACACCUCCAAGAAGGUACCAAUUAAUUUUAAUGCUUAACAUUGGCAAUAAAUAUAGUUUUGUAUGAGCCUGUUGGUGUAAGCUCAGAUAAUCAAAAAAAAAAGAAAAUAGCAUGAUUCAAAUGAGACACAUUCUGCUGAACAGUUUCCACUCCCUCCCCAACUCGUCCUGCCAUGGGAGACAUGUACAGUUGCUGCUGUUCAGCAUGCCACGCAUAAGGAGAAAAUGCCUCAGGCUGGGCUGCCAGUCCUUCACAACUCAGCCUGAAUUUCACGACAGUGUUUGUGAGGAUCUCCAUGGUAUAUACUGAAAUAUCAGUGUGCUGUGAUGCAAAGCUUACCUUUGACGAUAUUGAAUGUGAUAUAUAGCUGUAGAGAAGUACUUCCUUGCCUUAUGUGAGGAUCGUAAGCUUAUUUAAAUUAUGUAGACAAAUCAAAGUGGCAUUGCUUAAUUUUUAGCAGGUAUACUAAGCAGGUUAACAGUAAAAAUGCAAAACAUAACAAGUCACUUUGAAAAUUCAAACCAAAGUUCCUUGACCUUAUAGAAAUAGGAAAUUAUGGACUUGAGAAUUGGACAUUCCCUGUUUACAUAUGAAAAGUUCAGAGCUGAGAUCGUGGUAAAAAAUAAAAAAAAAAAAACCACCCAGAAACAUUUUAUAACUUGGACCUUAUGGGUGCAAUUUGAAAUCAUUUUAAGCAUCUUACCAGACUGAACUAAGAGCACAUACCAAACCUAUCUUAUGAUUAAAAGUUGGGGUUUAUUUUUUAUAUAAGAAUAUUAUCACUAUUACAUAACCUACUCAGGACAAAGAACUUUGCUCAGGGAACAUACCAUAUAAUGUUGUCGUCGUUUCUUUACAGAAUAGUCUACAGUCCUGCUUACUCAAAACAAACCAAAUGACUUAGACCUUUGUGUAAGUGUUAUGUACUGAUGCUAGUAAUAACUACCUCUGAGUUUGACAUAGAUCAAAAUUUCCGAGUGUCAGAUAUCAGUUCUCCUAUUUUUAUUUCAUGUGAAAAGUACUCUAAAGCAGAAUUCCUGAACUCCUUGCACAUGUGAAUGUCACUGAUGUGAGCACAGUGUCCAUUUACAUGGGUGAACUAUUAUCCUGUUUACAGCAAAAGGCUACCUCAUAGCUGAUGCAUAGCACACCUUUAUGCUGCUCCAGCCUUACAGUGGCUGAUAAUUCUCUGGUACACAACCUUUUAAUCUAUAUUAUAGAUAGCAAUUCACAACUGCAUGUUUCUGACAAACACUUGUGAAUAAUGAAGCAUCUCAUUUAGUUAGCAAAGUCUCCAAGCAUUUCCCUAAAGUGAUCAUGUAUUUAGUUUAAAGACUUAUGGGCACCCUUCCACUUAAGCAAAACAGAAGACAGGAGCAAUCUUGGAAAUAGCUGCUUUGCCCAGAGGUCGGGGGUGGGAAGGGGUGGCAAGAGGAGAGGUUGGUGUAUGAGUGUACUCACGCUGGGCAAAAGCGUAAAAGAUGCCAAUCUCCUUCGUUUGUGUCUGUGCUGCCCUGAGGCCAAGCAUAUUGCAGCGUUGUCGCCCUAGGCACGUAACUCACUAGCACCAGCUUGCCGAGGAGUGAACAGAGUGAACGUGCAAUGCCAUUUCUAGCUACUGAGGGGGAGAGUCUGUGGGAAGCAUCAGUUUACAGGGGUUACUGCUGGGCUGGGCAGGAGGUCUGUGAAUUAGUUGCCCUGUGACCUCCCCGGUAUGUCAACACAAAUGUAAUUCCUAAGAAAGAUGCACUACCAGCCUCUGAGCCCUGUGAGCUAUUCAUUGCUACAUGGCAGAUUAUAGUAGAAGCAUUUUUAUGCUUGCGUUUCUAGUCUUCACUAGAAGACCUCGGAUGUAUUUUUUACAAGUGAGAGAUUAGAAAGAUUUUUACCUGCUUAUAACUUGGACGUUUGGCGUGCAAUGUAGCAAAAAAGAUCCAGAAACAUCACGUUAUUAGCAUUGGUCCAUCUACAAAUAUAGGAUGUUUUAUUGCCGAUAUUUUUUUCAUAUUCUGGCCCAGUUUUAUUUUGCACCGGUGUGGCCCCAAGUUACUGCUAGCUGUAUUUAGUUUGUGAAUAGAAGCCCAUAAGUGUUAGUAGUCGUUGUAACAUUCACUGUAAGAUGAAUUAUACAGGACAUGGGAAAUCUCAUUAAGUCUUAAACUUAAUUUAAAUUAAUUUAUCUGUUUUCUCUAAGAAAUGUUUAUCAUAAAAUAUAUAUGUGUAUUUCCCCUUUGGUUAUAAAAUUUGGGAAAGUGUACAAGUGCAGCUGUACUGACUUUAAUUUUCUAGAUGUCUUAAUGAGAUUUAUUUGUUUUAGAGAAGAACAACUUGUUAAAAGCAUCAAAUUCUAUCUUACAUAGCUGUCAACAGCCUCUUUAAGACGUGCUGGUUGUGUGAUCUGUGUCAUAGUUGCUCAAUUAGAGUGAGAGAUUGACCUAUGAAUCAUUUUUAAAUUUUCUAUUUGGAACAAAGCUGCAAAGUUAUGGUAAAGUACUGUACUGUGAGAAACUAUUACAAUAUUUAAUACAUCUGUGGCUUAACACUUGUGAGAGUGACCAGCUUGAACAUGAUGGUGUUGACUACCUCUUGAAUUACUUCCAUCUAUCAACCACUGGCACCCACCACCAAGCUGGCUUUAAUUAGUACGUGUUGCUUUUUUGGUAUUAACAACUCUAACCAUACUGGAGACCAAAGUGAACACUGAUUUCUGUAUGUCUUUAAUACGGUGUUUUAUCUAGUGUUUUUAAAUUAUCCUGUGUAGUAUUUAGAUUACCUCAUUGUCCAUUUUGACUCAUGUUGUUUACAAGUGAAAAUAAAAACACUUGAACUGUAUGUUUUUAAAGGACAAAGAAGGAGUAGAUGCCUGCAAUGGCAUUUCACUCGUGUACAGUUGUCUUGAUGGACUAAAGUACUGUUUGCCUUUCUGCAGACCAUGAAUUUUAUAUUCUCAUUUCAUGCCUAAAGUCUUACUCUGUCAAUUAUGGAUAUUUUGAGGUUUAAAGCAAUUACUUGAUUAAAAAUAAAACAUAUAACGUUGGCAUUUA